GCAGACUAUAUCACAAAUAAUCUUAUCUAAACGAACCUUGCUCCUACAGCUCUCAGAAGAACUCACAUAAAUGCCAUGAAGGAGCCUAGAACAGCACUAUGGGCCCUACGCAUUAGCAACGCUGACCUCACCAAGCUCAAAGCCGGCGUUGAGCCUCGAAAUCAAGAUAACAAAUGGCGCAUCUGGGUCUCGGAUCAGAGUGGGAGCGGCAACAUGUCUAUUACAGUCACUCGAGUCAUGUUUAGCAGGGACAUCUACAUACUUCAUGUGAAGCCGGGUGACAGUAGUGAUGGCGGCCAUAGCAUUGAAGCGUUGACUUGGGAACAGAACAACAGUGGGGUUCGCGUUUCGGAGGAGGAGGCUAAAAAGAAAGUAGUUGUCUUAAGCAGAAAUCUUCUAGGGUGUGAUAUUGAGGCGUUGCCAGAGUAUGAUAAGUCAGUUAUGUGGAAUUAUUCUGCUGUUAAGAAAGAGGCAAACUAAUUAGAUACUCUCGGGACAUACUCAUGUUGGCAAAACUAGUAUAGGCAACCUUGCUACUUUGCCACUUCGCCACUUAUGUGGUCCGAGCUUGACUUCAAGCCCACGGUCACGUGGGUGGAACAAGAAAAUCUCAGGAGGCGGGUCGUGUUAUUACUAGACUGCCUCAUCCUAGCUAUCAGGCGUC